GUGCAGCUAUUAAUGAAAGCUUUGACCUUGUUUGUAGGAUGAUGCCGUAUAAUUGCCUAGCAACUGGAAAUAUGACUGGGAUGGUUGAAGUGGUUCGAAAUGCUAAAACUGUAUUUAAAAUUCAGCAAGGUGGUGGAAUCAAAGGAACAUUCCAGCUCAAUAAUACUAUGUUACAUCAGUGGAUUAAAGAAAGAAACAAAGGCUCCCUAUAUAAUAAAGCAAUAGAAGCAUUUACAAAGUCCUGUGCCGGCUACUGUGUGGCUACUUUUAUACUUGGUAUCGGUGAUCGACAUAAUGAUAAUAUUAUGGUCAGUGAAGAUGGACGGAUAUUCCAUAUAGAUUUUGGACAUUUUCUUGGUCAUUUCAAGAAGAAGUAUGGCAUCAAACGAGAGAGAGUGCCAUUCGUUUUGACCGCUGACUUUGUCAAUGUCAUAUCAAAGGGUCAGCCUUACGAUAAAAGUGAAGAAUUCAAACAAUUCCAGAUAAUCUGCUCUACUGCAUAUGUUAAACUACGUAAACAUGCCAAUCUAUUCAUCAGUCUUUUUAUGAUGAUGUUGUCAUCUGGGAUACCUGAGCUUCAAACCAUUGAAGACGUGCAUUAUUUGCAGAAAACGCUUGCAGUGAAUCGAACAGAAGAUGAAGCAUUGUUAUACUUUGUGAAGCAGUUUGACGCUGCCCACGGUGGAGGAUGGACAACUAAACUUGAUUGGCUAAUGCACGGGAUCAAACAUUUUUCAAAAUAAUGUUCUCUUGAUGUUUAUCCCUGGAGGUGGAGCUACUUCACAAGACGUUCUACGUUGCUAAGACGCGCACCACUGUACCACGUAUUUCUAUGGGUUCUAUGUGCUGCUGAGGAACGCGGAAAGUCGAGUGAAGAGCCGGUGAAAAUUCGAGAAAACAACAGAAACUCAACUUUGAAGUAAUCCUGAACAAUCAAACUUAUAUGCGUUGCACACGCAGGGGUAAUAUUGUUACACUGUUCAGGGGAGUCUGAACAACCAUCCCAAAGUACCGUUUUCUGAGAGUUUUCUGUCUUUGUUUUCACCGUGAUGGUUGCCAGGUGGUGAAGAUGUCCGCCCCGAGAAUAUCAGAGACCAAAAAAAAAGCAUUUAUGUAAUGUAUGAUCUCUCCUGGACCAAGUACACACUAUCUGCUUGAAUAUGUGAACAUGUUUAUUGUAGAAAAUCAGAGCAGUUCUUUAAAACAUUUCAUGACUAAAAGUUCGUGAUUGGUUAAAGAACUUGAGUAGUUAGCCAAUCAAAAACAACACAUUUGUUGAGUGGUAUAGACCCUUUGAAUUUUAGGGCUUAUUUGGAUUACUCUGAUGACCUGAGAAGUCACACAUACAAACUGCCACUGACAAGGUAUGAAUUACCGCCAUCUUUCAUUUGUGUUAGAUUUGUAAUGUGUGCUAAUAGAUGAAUUAUCAUAUACAGGUUAUUUUACUUUUCAGAUAACAAAUUUCAAAUUGAGUGAGUUACAUAGAUUUUUCUAAACUACUUUGUCAACUUUGACCCAUCACCGCCAUUGUCAACUUUGACCCCAUCACCGCCAUUGUCAACUUUGACCCCAUCACCGCCAUUGUCAACUUUGACCCUUUCACCACCACCAUUGUCAACUUUGACUCUUUCACCUCCAUUGUCAACUUUGACCCCUUUUACCUCCGUUGUCAACUUUGGCCCUUUCACCGCUGUUGUCAACUUUGACCUUUUCACCACCAUUGUCGACUUUGAAACCAAGAAAAAAAUUAGCAAUAAAAUAAUAAAAUGGUAGUGUAGAAUACUUUAAUACAUUGAAACGUUACUGAAACCAUACUUAUUUGCAUAUCUCCAUAGAGGUGUAAGAUAAAUAUGAUGUCUUAAUCAGAUUUUAACCUUUUGAACACCAAAGACCAUUUUGUUGUCUUUCAAAUAAACCUGCAUAAUUUCAUUCGUAUUUUGUCAAGAAUUGUGAUCAGUACCUGUAUACAAUGGGAAAUGAUGUCUAAAAUGGGAUGACAAUCUUUGCUCUGGUAACUAUCAAUGUACAAACAAUGUACAAUCCAAUGUCACAGUUGUCAGGUACCCAGACGAUGUACAUUUAGCAGCACCAUUGUCAGUUACCCAGACUCCAUUUAGUGGUAUGGUUGUCGGUUACCCAGACUAUGUCUAUUUAUCUUACAAACGUUGAUAUUGGAAAUACAUAAUUACGGAACAUUAACCAUUCAAAUUUAACUUUUUUUCAAAAAUGCAGAUAUAUCCAAGAAUUACUGACGAAUCACCUUGAGCGUAUUCCAGUAGAAUAGAUGUGAAUUUAUGUGACAAAAUGCACUGUGUGUUGGUGCUUUAAUAUAAUAUAUUUUUGUAAUUUUGGUAUAAAAAUUGGUCUACGGUACUUAAUGCUGAAUGUAAGGAAUUUAUAUUUUAUCAGAAAUAUUUAUAAUUGAAAUAAUGUUUGCAAUGCUUGGUGAGUCGCAUUUUUGUGGCGUUUAACCUUGGAUCUCAUCAGUCGUUAAUUUUUGCUGAAAUUUGAUUUCACUGUUUUGAAAGACAAUGCUUCCUUUUACAAUUUUUUAGGUAUCUAGUAAAUAAAUAGAUUGUCAGUUAUAUACUGUAUAUCAUAUGCAUUUCACAAAGAGACUAAUGUCAGGGAACACCACAACUUUUGUAGCGGUAAACAUUUCACUGGUGUUCUGAAAGCACAGAAUGAUUUUUGUGAAAUGUGGCAUAUCAUGAAAAUUAAAAGGUUUACAGUCGAUUGUAAACUGCUUUGUAUUUGAGGGCGCUGUACCAUGUGAACAAUGGUUUUGAUGCCUGGUCAUUAGCUAUGUAUGAACAAAAAAUAGUUUAUGCUGUAUUAUUAUACUUCAUGUUGUCAUAGCAAUUGGAAAUUAUAUAUAUUGUGCCGAAUUGUAUACCUAGAUGUCUGUAAACUUUCUGAAAGUCAAGUCUUCAACUGUUCCCUGUUUUCUUAUCAGUUGCCUAGUUCUACUCAGCUUAAGUUAUGUUUUUGUUACACUAAUUGAGUUUAUUCUGUUACUUGCUUGCAAUAAGAGCAAUAAAAUUGAGCUGUAUUUCAUCU